UCACUGUAAACGUCUCGUCAGUCCGGGGAAAUUCCCGGCGUGCUGGGGAGGAGGAAGGUUGUAAGUUGCCGGACGCAGCGAGAUCUGCCCAGACGGAGAAGAGAAAGAAAGCUCUGCGGACGCGGGUGCGGGCCUGGCCGAAGAAGCAGGGGUCCCGGGCAGGACAAAUCGGCAGCAUGGCCGGUGGUCACGAGCCAUACAUUGAAAUAUGUGAGCAGCCUAGACAAAGAGGCAUGCGUUUCCGUUACCAGUGUGAAGGACGAUCAGCUGGCAGCAUUCCAGGCGAGCACAGCACUGAUAUCAACCGGACUUUCCCAGCUAUCCAGAUUUUUAACUACUUUGGGAAAAUAAAAAUGAGAGUAACAUUGGUAACCAAGAAUGAGCCAUACAGGCCCCACCCUCACCGGCUGGUUGGAAAAGAUUGUGAAAAUGGCUACUAUGAAGCUGAAUUUGGGCCAGACCGCAGAGUCUUGAGCUUUCAGAAUCUGGGUAUACAAUGUGUGAAGAAAAGGGAGCUCAAAGAAUCCAUCAUCUCACGAAUCACAAAUAACAUCAACCCCUUUGGUGUGUCCCAAGAGCAGUUGCUCGCUGUUGAAGAGUAUGACCUCAACGUGGUGAGACUCUGCUUUCAAGCUUUCCUCCCUAAUGAACAUGGCGAUUUCAUGCUAGCUCUUCCUCCAGUCAUCUCAAACCCUAUUUAUGACAAUAGAGCACCAAAUUCAGCAGAACUGAGAAUCUGCCGUGUGAACAAGAAUUGCGGAACUGUGAAAGGGGGAGAUGAAAUUUUUCUCCUGUGUGACAAAGUUCAGAAAGAUGAUAUAGAGGUCAGAUUUUCCAAUAAUGAAUGGGAAGCCAAGGGAAUCUUCUCGCAAGCUGAUGUGCACCGCCAAGUAGCCAUUGUUUUCAAGACCCCUCCCUUUUACAAAGAUAUCUCUGAGCCGGUGACCGUGAAGAUGCAGCUGCGGAGACCCUCAGAUCAAGAAGUCAGUGAUUCGAUGGAUUUCAGAUACCUGCCAGAGGAAAAAGAUCCUUAUGGUAAUAAGGCAAAAAGACAGCGAUCUACAAUGGCUUUACAAAAGCUUAUGCAAGACUAUGACCCAAGUGUAUAUGAGAGGCCUAAAGCAGUUGCAUUCCAGACUGCUGCCACUGAGGGAAAGACAAUUAAGAAAGAAUUGAAUAUGUAUCAAUCCCAAACUGAAACUGUGGUCCCAGUGCAGAGAGCGCCUGCAAACCGAUCUCCGGUACCGUUGUACUGUUCUCGUCCCAUAAUCAAUUCAAAUGGGUGCUCAGCCCCAUCCCUGCAGAUGACAGGGUCCUUUAAGCAGGAUGCAGUUCUUCCUCCAUGCUGGCGUUCCUCGAUUCCGCAAGCCAACUUAAUGGUGGAUGCUUUUCAUCCUAGUACUCAGAAUGGUAGCACGGUGCCAGUAAGGCAGGAAAAUGGCCAGAAAUGGGCCAAUCAACCAGAUGCCCACAGAGGAUAUUUUAAUGCUACAAAUGGCCAAGGGUCAUCACCAUCAUCAGCUUCCUCACAAGAUAUUUUGAAUGUCUCUGGAACUGUCACUGGCCAACCUAUCCCACAUGCAACUGCCCCAAUAUCCAAUGGUGUCAACAUGGAGAUGGAGGAUUUUAGAUGUUCAAGCAUAACUGUGGAAUCUGUCGCUCAAGUUUUAAACUCAAGCAAUCACAGGAGACAAAGCCAGGCAACACCACAUGCCAGUACAUCAGUGGCUGCUCCUUGUAAUACAUCUUUGAAUUCCAUGUCCAAUGCAUUUGAGCUAAAUUCCUUCCACUUCCUGGACAGCCUCAAUGAGUCAAGACUACCUAGUAACCCCAGUCUUCAAAAUCAAAUCAACGGUCCUAAUAACCAGUAUUUUGGUUCAUACAUUGCCCAAGAAGAGCUCCUUAACCCUUUUGAUCAUUUUGAUGGCAUCCUUUAAAACUUAAGGAAUUCAGGUUGCCAGUAAUUUAUCUCAGUAGGAGAAUUAAUUUUUCCACAUGAGUGCUGUGAAGAUGUAGUGAUCCCCAUCUGGUUUGUCCUGCUAAAAAAUAUAUAUAUGAUUUUACACUGAGGAAACAAUUGAGUAGAGGAGUAAUGGUUUGGGGAAAAACUGGGCGAGAUUGAGUAAUCAUUAACCUUGCUUUUGUAAAAAAUAAUGAUUGUAUUCUUGUGCUGCUGAAGGAAAUUGAUGGAAAGGCAGAUGGCAUUUUGCUUGUUUUCUGUUCUAAGACUAGUUUUUAUUGAGGUAAACCAGUAAAAACUGGUGACUGUUGUAGCUUUUAAUUUUUCUGGCCUUGAUGAAUUCCAUUCGGGAGUGUUGUUUAACUGCUGUUAGGGCAGUUCCUGUAAAGUAAGAUCCAGUUGCAAAGCCCAUUGUAAAUGGAUUGAAAGUGCAUUAAUCAACAUGUGUGAAAGCACAUAAUGUUUCAGGAGGUCUUGUGGGGCUCAAGCAAUUAACAGUCAUUCCCAAUAGCUGUAGAAACCUGGAUAAGGAGGGGCAAACUCUUUCUAUAUACAAACUGUUGUGCCCCCAUUUUAUCAGGGUCUGAAUUGGCAUGAAUUGUUUGUAGAUUUGCUGGACUGGGACAAUAGCCCUUUGGCCUAUACACUUCUAUGUGGCUGAAUGUGACCCCUGCCUCCUGACAUUCAAAUGAGAUUCAAGUUCUGUCUUUCUUACUAUUAUAAGACCUCUGUGUGUGUGUAUUCUAUGCAAGUUCACUCAUUUCAAAGGAACCCUUUGGAGUUGUGGCUUCUGGUUUGUGUAGUUUCAAGGCACAUGGACCCGCAUGCACUCUGAAUGAAUGACAUAUAUCACAUUCUGUAGAAUGCUGAGAGAUUUUUUUCAAACAAGGGCCAUAUGUGUCCUAGGUACCCUAAACCUGGAGAGCAGUCACACAGAGAGCAGUAAACUACUGACAAUAACCUAUGACAAAGUUACUGAGCACUCUGAGUUUAUUUUCAAUAGUUUACUGUCUUAAGUACCCAUCCCUAGGUAUCCAUCAGUUCAAAAUGUUACUGCUUAGACAAGUUGUUAGCCUUAUUGUGCUUACUGGCCAUGCGGACUCCUUGUUCAAUGGGCAUUAUAUUGUCAAGGCAACUUGAUAAAGUUUCUGCAGGUUGUGGAUUCAGAGAGGCAUCUGUAGCACAGGGGGGACAAAUUUAUUUAUGUGAGUGAACUAGAGUUUAUGAGAUGUUGCCAGGCAUCUCACUGAGCCAUAUAUAACUGGAGAAAAUAGGAACUCAUUAUUUGUACCACAGACCAGAGGCCACAGAAUCUAUAUGGAAGCAACUUAUUUCACUUUAUUAGUACUUAUGUGUUACCACAUAAGUCUGCUGUACUUAUGUGUUACCACAUAAGUUAUGUGUAACUUAUGUGUUACCACAUAAGUCUGCUGGCUGGAGCUCUUCUGUUCUUCAUUCACCAAAACAUUCAGAUAUCUUGUUGUUUACCUCUUCCUUCAUGGCAGUAUAUGUGACAGUUUUGAAAUGGAAGAAGGACCUUUUCCCCCUGUAAAUCACUGUAUAAAAUGGUUUUGUGAAAGCCCUUCCUCUUGGCAGUAUUGCAAAUGGUCACAUCCUGAAACAUUCCUUUCAUAGUGUUCUUCAGGGCAAGGAAAAAUUAUCCUAUUUUAUUAUUUAAUUUUUAAGAGGAAAAGUAAUCUUAGUCACUCUACCACUUCAUGGCUAGAAGCACUGACUUGAAAGUUGUUGUUUUUUACUCAUUACUUCUAUAUGCAGUGCUUCCUCCUCCCCAGCUGACUUAAGUACUGGAUAUUUUGUUGACAGUUAUAUAUUUUCUUGUUUGCUUUUAGGCAAAUCUGCAUUUACAGUAUUGUAAUGACUAUGUCAUUUGAGUAUAGUUUUAUUAAAAACAAGCAAUAUCUUUUUUUAAA